AUGGGUUAUACAGAUUUUAUGGAAUGGGUGAUUGAAAAUGGUGGCGAGCAUUUUGGCGUCGAUAUCAGGGAUUGCUCAAAUGAAGGUGGAAAGGGAUUGUAUGCAACAACAGACUUCCGAGAGAAUGAAACAGUAAUAUGCAUACCAAUGGAAAUUAUCAUCACUGCUGGAUUUGUUGCCGAAAUGCCGGGUUAUUGUGAUGUUUUCAAAAGAUACCGUUUAAAACCAUUCGAAGCACUAGUGUAUUUCUUCUUAGUCGAGAAAGAGAAGAACUCAAAGUGGGAUCCCUAUUUUAAAGUGCUUCCGAAAUCGUUCUCAACACCGGCCAGUCUACAUCCAGUUUUGGAACCAGAAGAUUUUCCAUAUUGCUUAAGGAAGCAAUGGUGUAUACAGAAGAACGAACUAAAGACUAUGUAUGAAAAAGCUAGAUUUGUUACUGAAGGGACUGCAGGAGAAUUCGUUCCCCAUAAUCGUUUUUAUUCGCAGUUUGUGGCGAUAUUAGCAGAUAAUACGAUCUGGGGUCAUUUUUUAUGGGCUUGGCAUAUUGUAAAUACUAGAUGCAUAUAUCGUGAUAAUAAGCCUCAUCCGUUGAUUGACAACACUGAAGGCGAUUCACUUGCAAUUGUACCUCUUAUCGACAUGCUGAAUCACAGCAACGAUAGUCAGUGUUGCGCGAUUUGGGAUAGCAAAUUGAAUCUAUAUAAAGCGAUUGUUACUCGACCCAUCCAUGAAGGAGAACAAAUAUUCAUCUGUUACGGUAGUCAUACAAACGGAUCAUUGUGGAUCGAAUAUGGUUUUUAUUUGAAGGAUAAUAUCUGCAACAAAGUUGAAAUCUCGCUUGGUUGGUUUAAUUCCGGACAUUAUUGAUAACAGUAGCAAUCCUUCAAUUGUUCUUUACAAUCUUGUCAAGAAGAUUGCAAGUUUUUGAUUCG